AUACGAAAUAGUUUCAAAAUUAGUUAGACUUUGCUUACUUAAACGUCUAAACCCAAAAUCGAUUAAAGUAAAAGUUGUAAAAACUAUCUGGAUCCAAGCUUAAAUUUAAUUUUCCGCUCCUAAAAUUCUAGCGUGCCAUGGAGGAGCGUAUGUACAACAAUUUUAACCCAACGCGAUGCAACGUUUGCUUCAGCCAAGCAGCCGCACAUCGGAUGAUACUAAUGGGACAAAAACUUCGAUACUGCAAAGGCUGUCGACUGAUCGGGUAUUGCGGCGAGCAACAUCAAAAGGAAGAUUGGAAGAUGCAUAAAGAUUUUUGUCGCACUGUGACUAGAAUUCUUACAAUGAAACAAAUAAAACAUGUUCUCGAGGUAAGGAAUGAGUGCGAUAAAAUUAUUGGAGGCAACCGGCGCGAUUUGGAGUGCGCCAUAUCUCUCGCUGAAUGCUUGAUCAUUGCUAUGCUGCAACGGAAACUUUAUCAACAUGAGUAUACAUUGCUACGUUUUCCCAAUAUAUGUCGGGUCUGUUACGAGUAUGACACCAACAACUUGAAACCGUGCGAAGGUUGCUUCCAGGCUCUUUACUGCAGUGUUGAACAUCGGGACCAGGACGCAGCACAUCAUGAGCGUUGGUGUGAGAUGUAUCGAAUCAAUCUGUUAUUGGAUGCAGAUUACCCAAAUAAAUUAGAAACGGUUGGUUUUCCGAAACUAUCGCCGUUUGAACUCAGCCGAUUCCCGAGAAACUCAUUCGAUUUGGUAAACGUGGCAUAUAAAACUAACAUUCCUUUCAAACCUAUAUCGGUUAAAGAUUUCAACGAUCUCAAAUUUGUGUCAAACUUUUCACACAUUAGCACCAUUUUGUAUGGGUUGUAUCUAACAGGCAUGCAUCAGGAAUUGCAAAACUCGUUGGUAAUCUACGUUGUCGGAGCAGAGGACGAAAUAGUCUACUUCGACUACAACACGUGUUCAGUAAUAUUUACCUACAUUCCGCAGUUAAGAGACGUGAUAAUAUAUUUCAUCGGACCGCAGUUAGGUUCCAUAAAAGAUGAAAUUGAGCUGAAAUACGAAGGAACUCGCACGAUUAAGAUGCACUACUUCAAGGGUCUUUUCCACAUGUUGGAGCCAAACGAGCAUCUGGAACGACCGCAGAUCAUUGUGAGCUAUAAUUGUGGUUUUCAUGAACAUAUCGAAUCCACCAAAGACACCUGGUCCGCUACCCUUGUUCGGUUGAUCCGGUACGUCAACAUUCCAAUCGUGUUCACAUCCUACACACGUACAGAGGCGUGUCAGGAUUGCGCUACCAUCUACAGUAUCAGCAAGCGGGCAAUGAAGAAGAAAGACCUGGUAUUUGUCAAACGAGCAGAGGAUAAUCCGUUCAAGGACUACAAACCACUGCGGAACACUAACUAUAUCGACGAAUAUGAUGAACUGUACUAUUCGAACGGAUAUCUGUCGGUGAUAAUAAGCCGCGUACCGUAGGCCACCCGCUCUGGAGCCAGUGCAAACAUUCCGUUUCGAUUAUGUACAUUUUAAGCGACUGUACAAACCUGCUGUUUAUUUUUCAAUACUUUUUGUU